CUCCGGGUAAACAGCGAUGGCCGCCGAGGAGCGAGGCGGAGAGCCCCGAGAUAACAUGGGGAACCACCUCCAGCUGGUGCCCGUAGAGAGUGAGGAAGAGGAUGACAAUGAAAUGGAAGUGGAAGACCAAGACAGUAAAGAAGCUGAGAAGCCAAACAUCAUUAAUUUUGAUACCAGUUUGCCCACAUCACAUAUGUACCUGGGCUCGGACAUGGAGGAGUUCCACGGGAGGACAGUGCACGAUGACGACAGCUGCCAGGUGAUCCCCGUGCUGCCCCGGGUGAUGGUGAUGCUGAUCCCCGGGCAGACGCUGCCGCUGCAGCUCUUCCGCCCCCAAGAGGUUAGCAUGGUGCGGAAUUUAAUUCAGAAAGACAGAACCUUUGCUGUCCUUGCAUACAGUAAUGUACAUGAGAGGGAAGCACAUUUUGGAACGACAGCAGAAAUCUAUGCCUACAGAGAAGAGCAGGAGUAUGGAGUUGAAACUGUCAAGGUGAAAGCAAUAGGAAGACAGAGGUUCAAGGUGCUCGAAAUACGAACACAGUCAGAUGGAAUCCAGCAGGCUAAAGUACAAAUCCUGCCUGAGCGAGUGCUGCCUCCCACCAUGUCAGCAGUGCAGCUGCAGUCUCUCAGCAGGUGCCACGUGAUUCCCUCUUCCAAACCCACUUCCUGGCAGGACAGAGCCAUCCGCCAGUGGUGGCAGAAGUACCAAAAGAGGAAGUUCCACUGUGCAAGUUUGACAUCUUGGCCCCCCUGGCUCUACUCCCUCUAUGAUGCUGAAACAUUGAUGGAAAGAGUCAAGAGGCAGCUCCAUGAGUGGGAUGAAAACCUUAAAGACGAAUCUCUUCCAUCAAACCCAAUAGAUUUUUCUUACAGAGUUGCUGCCUGCCUGCCCAUUGAUGAUGCUUUACGUAUCCAGUUGCUUCAAAUAGGCAGUGCUGUGCAGAGGCUCCGUUGUGAGUUAGAUAUCAUGAACAAAUGCACAUCUCUCUGUUGUAAGCAAUGCCAAGACACAGAAAUAACUACCAAGAAUGAAAUAUUCAGCUUAUCCUUGUGUGGGCCCAUGGCAGCCUAUGUGAAUCCCCAUGGAUACAUCCAUGAAACCCUCACUGUAUAUAAAGCUUGCAACCUGAGUCUCAGUGGACGGCCCUCCACAGAGCACAGCUGGUUCCCUGGGUACGCCUGGACCAUCGCCCAGUGCAGGAUCUGCGGGAGCCACAUGGGCUGGAAGUUCACGGCCACCAGGAAGGAGCUGUCCCCUCCCAAGUUCUGGGGGCUGACGCGCUCGGCGCUGCUGCCGCGCAUUCCCGAGGGGGACGGGGAGGACUCGGAGCGCGGCCGCUCGCCGCUGCUGUGCCUGUGACAGCCCCAGUGCACCUGCUCUGUGCUGCUUCCCUGCUUCCUCAGCCCAGGAACCCCGGGAAGCACGUCCCAUCCCCAGGGAACCAGGCUCACCCAGCUCCCCGUGCUGUUCCUCGGGAGCUCCGGACUGUUCCUGGAGAGGGGGUGCCAGGAGACACCAGGAGUGAAGGUCCAUGUGGGACACCAGGAAAUCUCUGAUCCACGUGGACACACUUGAGACUGGACUCGUGUAAUUCCCACUUGCAGUGAAGGAAGGGGGAUGGAAACUAAAAUCCAACUAAAAUCCCAAUAAGCAGAGUCUGAUUUAUGCAAUAUUCCCGGGAUGGUAGAUAGCAGUUACUGCUGUGGAGAGUUUGCCAUAAUACACUUACACGUGGUUUGCUGAGAAUCCCUGUUUCUAACUCUGAAGUCCUUCAGGUUUGCUGCUUGUGCUGUUUCUCAGCUUUUUGCUGAAUAACCAUGGAAGAGAGAAGCAGCCUGAGAGUUUUGGAGUGCUGGAAUGUGCAAAAGCUGGAAUUGCAGCUGCCUCCCAGGAUGGAUCCCGUGGGGAAGUGUCUGUUCUUUACAAGUUGUCUCAUCUGUUUUAGUCCAUUUGAUUUUAGAAGUCUUAAAUUUUAAACUGUUGGUAAGAAGUGCACAGGUCAGUCCCAGAGAGUAAACAGCAUUGUCGUGUUCAGUGUGCUUCAAUUACUUCCCAAUACUAUUGCUGGUAGUGGAAUUCUUUAGUAGUGGAAAUGUCCAUGGGGUUUGGGAAGGACUCUAAAACACCCCACUGAGGUGAUUUUUAAGUAGUACUUGUUGUGACAAAGGGAAGGAAAAACCUCUUUUAGUUAUUUUGUUUUCACUUUCAGAUCAUAAAGUAAAAUUUCACAUUAUCACCUUAUAAAGAGCAAAAGUUUCCAAAUAAAACAGAAAUAAAGGCAGUGCUUUCUUGAGGGGAGGUUUCUUGGUAGAUUUUUGGUUUGCUUUGCUUUUUUAUUUUGUCUGUGCUCCACAAAUUGGGUGCCAAACUGGGGCAGCUUUUGCCACUGAUUUAUUGGGUUUUUUUCCUCUCAGAAUGCACUUUGGUGAUGGCAGUGGAGAUAUCUUCAGUGCUUGUGCACAUAAACACUUGUUUUUUUGUGAAGCUUUUAUCAUUCACUCCUAAUUCCUUCACAGUGAUGUAAAACUAGUCAAAUUUAAGACAUGAGCCACUGGUUGCUUGUUCUCUGUCAGGCUCCGGGCAGGUGUAGCAAGGACAGAUCACAAGCCUGGCACACCAGGAGCUGAUUCCCAUGGCAGAAAAACACCCCAAACCAUGGACUUGCUGCUGGGUAUUUGUCGUGCCAGGUAUGUAGAGAUUAAUUGUGUAACUCAGGUUUAGUUCUUUGAACUUUCUACCUCUGUGCUGCUUCUGUUCUUCUUAGACACCUUUAAUUCCAUGUGCAGUGCCCUGACUUGGCAGUGAAAAGCAGAAUUUGGGAUGUGGCUCUGAGCCACCAGAAGGGUGAUGAUGGCUCAUUUUCAACAGAAAAUUUCUCAUUUUUCAACAGAAAACAUUCUGGAUGUUGAUAAUAAUUCAUUAUAAGCUUGGAAAGCCAAGCACUGGUGUGAGAGGGAGACUGGGAAUGCUCUGUGUUGGUGAAUCCUCUGGAAGCAGGCCUGGCUUUCCCUCACCCCUGCACACAUCUGGGCUGUACAUUUGGGUUAUUUUGUUUUUUUUCCCCUCAAAGCCCCUCCUGUCUGUUGUUCCUGUGACCCUCAGUGGGUGCCUUGGGAUGAGCAUUCACUGGGGCCUGGGGAAGGGGAAUUUCAAAAGGAUUUUCUCAGCUGUCACUGAACUUCUAAAGGUUCAGUUCUUUGGGGUUUUGGCCGAGUCUUUUGUAUUCUCAGUUAAAAAUGGCAAUGUUUGAAUCCAGAAUAAGUGUAUAUUUGGUGUUUUGUGUAUAUAGUCAAAUGUAAGCUAAUAUAAUUGAGGUAAGUCAGGAGUAAAUUAAUACUAAUUAAAUUAUAUUGUUGAUGAUGCUGUUCCAUGUGCUUAACCUGUGCAGUGUUUGCUAGAUUGGAGUCCAUGACACUUCCCAGGUUGAAUCCUGUGGUGGUGAAUCCCAUCCUUACUGGGAGGUAUCAGAAUAUCCAGUGCUCCAGGGUGUGGAGUUGGGAAUGGUUUUCCUUACAUUGGUUCAUAUUUUCCAUGCUUUCCUCUCUUUUGAAAACUAUUGGUGGGAAUUAGGGAAAAUUUGGAACAUCAGUAUGGAAAAAUAUGGACAGCAACUGCUUAGGAGAGCUAAUGAAGGGAAACCAGAUUUUAUGAAUAUUUACUACAUUUACCCCAUUGAUUGGCUGAGUAGCUUCCUGCAGGAAUUAAUGAAUCCAGUGGGCAGGACUGAGGGAUCACAGGAUUUACAGCACAGACUUGCUCAUUUUCAAGCCAUCAUUGCAACAUCACCAACACACCAGUCAGAGCCUGUAACUUAGCAAGUUUUCAAUUAUUUUAGUUUCAUUUUGACAAAUAGGUAGAACCACUUGCACACUGGAUCUGGAACAUUUCAGAUACUCAUUUGUUUUUUAUUAAAGCUCUUUUUGGAUGUGCUGCAGUUCAUUUGUUCCUCUCUUUGUCACCUUUAGUUGCUCUGUGAACUGCUCCAGGGGUAGCCCAGUCUCUGCUUUAACUCUUCCUUCUCUCUGCCUUUCGGGACAACUUUUCUGACAA